CCUUGUUGGAGAAGAAUCCUUUGCCGAGGCCGUAGAAUUUUUUCGACAUUUUUUUGGAUUUUUUUUUAUGCUCGAAUCGUUCGUUGAAGUUCGGAAAUUUAGAGAGAUAGAAAAUUUAGAGAGAUGAAAUCCAAAAAAAGGUUAAGGGCAAAAGAGUAAAUAGGGGGAGGAGGACGGUGACUAGUAAAAAGGGAGUGGUGAAUAGCCAUUGAAUUUUUAUAAAUGAACACUCACAACUCAUAUGGCAAAUAAAAUAGAAAGAAAAGGUUAAAAAGAAAAAAAGAGAAGGCUCACUCUAAAUAAGAAGCUCAAAAUGAUGCCCGAAUCCGACAACAUUGAAACCCCACUUGAGAAUCCCCAAACCAAACCUCAGCCCUCAUCAACCACCGCCAUGGCCGAGACAGAACUACCGCCGCCACAGUCCGACAACACCACCGCCUCCGUCGCCGAGAAGCUCUCCAACAUCUCCUUCAGCAUCUGGCCCCCGAGCGAACGCACGCGCGACGCCGUCAGGCAUCGCCUUAUCGAGACCCUCUCCUCCCCCUCCAUCUUGUCCAAGCGCUACGGCACCGUUCCCAGAGAGGAGGCAGCCGACGCAGCUAAGGUCAUCGAGGAGGAGGCCUUCGAGGUGGCGGGAAAGGGAGCGACGGCCGACGACGACGGGAUCGAGAUCCUGCAGGUUUACUCCAAGGAAAUCAGCAAGCGGAUGCUGGAGAGGGUGAAGGCCAGAUCUGGCGAGCAGGAGGCUCCUGCGGCGUCGACGCCGCAGCCGCCGGCGAACAAGCCGGAGGAGGAGGACGCGGCACCGCCGCACAGCGAGAAAACCGAGUCCGCUGCGGAUGACGAAUGAGUCCCCUGUUUUAAAUUCUUUUUCUUUUGGAGUGGAAACUUUUAAGCCAGAAUCACGCUUCAGGGGGCAUCUUGUAUUUUUCCGUCUUCUAAAUUCAUAGCUCGGUCAUUUCUUUGUAAGUACUAAGUAAGUAUAUGUUUUGUUUAUGGUAGUUGAAGCAAUGAAAUUUGACUGUUGAAAUCAGUGUAUGCAAUCAUGGAGUUUUAGGAGCAAGCAAAGUACAUUGGUCCACCCUUGCUCAUUUUGUUGGCAAGAUUUGUUGCAUAUUUCCUUUUUCUCUGAUUUGUAAUGAGAAUAAGAUAUAAUGUGGAUAAAGCUAUGAUGGCCUUCAGAGGCAAUUGGUCAAUCAUCUUGCUUGAUACCAUUUAGCACGGGUCGAAAUUCACUUUCCAAAGGCAUGUGCUGCUAUACAAGGUUGCUAAGAGUACCUUUGAUUUAUAAGAUGCUCAGACGUAGUUAUAUUUUUGUUAACAAUACGCUGAAAGGUCAAAGUCAACAUUUCGGGGAACAAUUUGUGAGCUCCCACACUUGAGUACACGAUAUCUUUAGGGCUCAUUUACGAAUAAUGCAGAGCGGAAUCGAACAAUUACACCUAGGAAUUUUACAUUUUGCGAAUAUUGGAAAAGGCUUGGUAGAUUACAAGAGCUUGCAGACUUUUGUGUGAAAAGAAAUCAGGCGAACAAGGUGCGAUUACCAUCGAGCUAUUUAUCAUUCACGUCAAGUGUUUUUACUACUGUAAUUAAAACCAUAAUAUCUCCCCCUUCGACCCUUUUGUACUAGUACCAAAUUGUAUAGAAUAUAGGUGUCGAUAAGGC